AUGACUAAUCUCUCGUUGUUAAUGCUACUUCUGUCUCUUUCACUUUCAGUUGCUUUAGCAGCUGAUACCAGUGCUCUCCAAGAUUUCUGUGUAGCAGACCCUAAAGACCAAGUGUUGGUGAAUGGCUUGGCAUGCAAGGAUCCAAAACUUGUCGAAGCAAAUGACUUCCUCUUCAGUGGUCUUCAUAUAGCAGGAAACACCACAAACCCUGUUGGGUCUAAAGUCACACAGGUUUUUGCGACUCAGCUUCCAGGAUUGAACACUCUCGGCAUCUCAAUGGCUCGCAUUGACUACGCCCCAUGGGGCACUAACCCUCCUCACACGCACCCUCGCGCCACUGAGGUCUUGACCGUUCUCGAAGGCACCUUGGAAGUUGGAUUCGUCACUUCCAACCCCGAAAACCGUCACUUUAGAAAAGUUCUACAGAAGGGUGAUGUUUUUGUGUUCCCGACAGGGCUCGUCCAUUACCAGAGAAAUGUUGGGUACGGCAAUGCUGUGGCCAUUGCAGCACUUAGCAGCCAGAAUCCAGGAGUCAUCACCAUUGGUAAUGCAGUGUUUGGGUCUACGCCUGACAUAGAUAGCGACGUUCUUGUUAAGGCUUUCCAUCUAGACAAGACUAUCGUCAACCAUCUACAGUCCAAGUUCUAG